AGGAGCAGACGGGGCACAGCGGUGCAGGCGACGCGCAUCUCUGGCCGCACAAGUUUCACGGUGCGAGCAUCAUCAUCGCGGCUUCAUCCGGACGGAGAAGCGCUCGGCCGCGCUUCCCACAGACUGCACCGUCACGGUGGGAAAGGCCGAACGCAGAGGUGCCUCCGACGCGGAUGAUGCAGCAGCGGAAGAAAUGCACGGAUGGACAGCAGAAGCCGGUUUAGUCGAGACCUGCGUUCGAUCACUUCCUGAUUAACCCUACCGAUCAGAAGCAGAACUGCGACCGCGCUGGAGGAGGAGGAGGCUGGAGAAAAACUGACACGUGGAUCACUCCUCCUCGGGGCAUCAGGAAAACAGCAGCUCGCCCCUGUUCCUGUUCAGCCAGUCCUUCAGGUAGCUGGAUGUAAAUGCCGAAAAAUCCGGGGGAAAUGAUUUCGUAGAUACUUCGCGAGGCGGUUUGCUUCAUUUCUUUUUCUUAACACCGGAAAGAGAUUAAGCAGGACCUCGGCAAGUAACUAACCCGCUGAAGCGUUUGAGGGGAGGAGGCUGCUGUUACCUCGCGUUGAAUGGCAGUUACUCAAAAAUAUGGCAAAAAACAUGGUCCAGAUUUGGUCUGUCACAAGGAAAACCCCCCGUAUGACAAGACCGGAGCGGCUGGGUGUCAUAAGAAGUGGCCCGAUCACGGCACCAACUGGUCAAGGCCGGUGGCCCGGACGUGGACGGCGGUGCUGCUGCUGGGGACCUGCCUCCUGUACUGCGCCCGCGUGGCCAUGCCCAUCUGCGCCGUCAGCAUGGCGGAGAAGUUCGGCUGGAGUAAGAGGGAGUCCGGCAUGGUGCUGGGCAGCUUCUUCUGGGGCUACUGCUUCACCCAAGUGCUGGGAGGCUACGUCAGCGACCGGGUGGGAGGCGAGAAGAUCCUCCUGCUGUCGGCAGCAGCCUGGGGGUCGAUGACAGCCUUCACCCCUGUCCUGGCCCACUUCUGCUCCCAGCCCAUCUUCUCCAUGACACUGUCCCGAUUCCUCAUGGGCCUGUUGCAAGGAGUUCAUUACCCUUCUCUGGCCAGUCUUUGCUCCCAGAAGGUGGUGGAGAGCGAGCGCGGCUUCCUCAUGAGCACCGUGGGUAGCGGCUCCUACCUGGGCACUCUGGUGAUCGGGGGGGCCGGCUCCCUCAUGCUGGACCUGUAUGGCUGGGAGAGUGUGUUCUACGUGUCCGGCCUCCUGUCAGUGCUGUGGGCCUACUGCAUGUGGAAGUAUCUGCUCAAAGGAGAAGGGCCCAUCAUCACGCUGGAGUCACUGGGAAGUAGUGGGCCCCAGUCCAAACUGUCCAGGAGACACUGGUUACGGCUCUUCAAACAACCUGCAGUCUGUGCCGUGAUCGUGACUCACCUUUGCACAGCCAGCACCUUCUUCACUCUUCUAUCGUGGCUGCCAACCUUCUUUAAAGACACCUUUCCUGAUGCAAAGGGUUGGGUGUUCAACGUCAUUCCUUGGUUGGUGGCCAUUCCCUCAUCCCUCCUGAGCGGAUGCCUGUCUGACCACCUCAUCAGUAAAGGGUUCGACACGGCCUCGGUGAGGAAGCUGAUGCAGUUUUUCUCCAUGGGUGUGUCCAGUGUGUUUACCCUCCUUCUGUGUGGCAACCUCACCUUCCCCUGGGCUGUAGCAUUUGUAUCUGCCACCAUGGGCCUCACCACCUUCAGUCACAGUGGAGUGUCUGUAAAUGUUCAAGACCUUGCUCCAUCCUGCGCUGGGGCUUUAUUUGGCGUUAUGAAUACAUGCGGCGCUUUCUCAGGAGUUCUCAUGGUGUAUUUCUCGGGGUAUCUCAUCGAGGCCACAGGCUCAUGGGCGUCUGUGUUCGCCCUCAUAAGUACAGUCAACCUCCUGGGCCUCUGCACCUUCCUGGCCUUCGCUGAGGCCCGUCGUGUGGACAUCGACUCCAUAAAGAUCCGCCACGUGCACAUCUGAAGACAGGACAGAAUCAGUACUGGAGAUGGAGCCAAAAGACAAGAAGUCACACAUGGACAAACCACAUGGUUAAAAAUACAUUUGCUGCUGUGGUGUGAAGUACUGCGACAGUUAGAAGCACAAUGUUGCUCAAAGGUUGGACGGAGCUGAAUUCUGUGUCAGAGGAGCCUCACCGUUCAUGGAGAACACGGAAGAAGAACAAUUAAAAAAGAAGAAUAUCUACAUCACCUCCAGGUCCCGGCUCGGGCAGCGUAGAUCAGCUGCUGAUUUGCUGCUGAUCUGUUGCAGAGAAAUCAGAGAUUAUUAGUUGAAGGCAGUAGAGAGAGUGUGUGUGUGUGUGUGUGUGUGUGUGUGUGUGUGUGUGUGUGUGUGUGUGUGUGUGUGUGUGUGUGUGUGUGUGUGUGUGUGUGUGUGUGUGUGUGUGUGUGUGUUUAUGCGCGCGCGUUCAUUUGUGUGUGAUGAUUACGAGCAGUUGUGUGACAGAUGUGGCAGCUGGAACGUUCUCACCCUGUGGGUAUGAAGCCCCGUCUUUCGUACCUGCAGUCUUUUAUUAGUAGGCCUGAGAUUGAACAGUUUGACUGACACCUCAUUACACAGCUGCUAAUUACUUAGCAGUCACACUAAUGUCUUGUACACUUCACCCUCCCUGGUCCCCGUCUCCAUGGUUACAGCCUCAUAGUUACUGUCCGGAGGGGGUCACAGGAAAGAUUUACAGGAACUGAGGCCUAGACUGUGCGCGAAUAAUAUGUUCCUAAUAGAAAGACCAAAGAUUAUUAAUUAUUUUCAUUUUCUGUGUGAUCACGUGUUAUAAAUACCUCAAUUAAUUUAAAUAUAUGUAUGUACACACUGACAUAUAUAGAAUUAGGCAAAAUUAGGGAAGGAAUCAUCACAGUAUGAAAACACGACUGACCUCUUUGUAUAAGUUUCAAGUCUUCAUGUCUUACUUGCACAGACUCUUAUUUAUUUGUGUCAAAGACUGAAGCUCGUUAUCACUAUUAACCAACUCGUUAUCUUAGUGAUGUCACCGUUAGAAGGAGUCAGUCCACUUGUCUUAGCAGUGUCUGAUGCUCUGUCUCUCUGAAGCUAAUUAUGUCACGUAGCAGUUUGAUGAGUGUUGCUCCACACAUGAAGUGGGCAAAAAUAGCUUCACGGGUUCACUUUAGUUCAGGAAUUUGUAGAACAAGGCCGGCUGCACAGUUCUGACUAGUCGCUGAACUGGUUUCCGCUGAGGUUUUACAAUUCCCUUUCACUUUCAGCCUAGAUUUCCACUUGCUCCCCUUUAGUCUAUGCUUUUAUUAUCUGGUGCCUGAUUUAAGCUUUGUGCACUAAUGUUUGCCUGUUUUUCUAAGAGCAUUUUUGCGUUUGAUUGUCGUUGUUAUGUACACACGUAUCCACAGAUUGUUUGUUACGUAUAUUAUUAUGGUAAGUGGUUCACUAUUUACAAACAUAACGAGAAUAAGACGUUACCGUGAUCCAUGAACCGUGAUCCAUUCAAACAAUUGCUCUUCCGUUCACUGUAUGUAGGUUUUAUGUGUGUGUGCUUAGGGUGGAGGAGGGUGGAGGUGGGUGGAGAGGGGGGGGUUUACAAUAAGAAUCAAAAGUCCAUCAUGUCACGCCAUCAUGUGGUGUUCACCCUUGUCGGUGCACAGUUAACAUCACUUAUGUUAAAUGAAAGGGUCAUUUGUAUUGAAGCGUCAUCACAUUCCUUCAUCCUCUCUUCAAAUCUAAACAUGUAGGUGACAAACAGCUGAAGCUCUGUUGGUUUUUAAGUUUAAGAUGUGAAUUAUUUAAAGGUUCACUAAUGCAUUGUCCUGAUGCAUUGUUGUAUUCAAAGGCAUACGUUAUCUUUGAAUAAAGAUCUAUUUUGUCAACA